GCACAGUUGCACAUUAAAAUUUUUUAAAGGCAGCUGUUCACGCUUAGGUGGGCGACGUGGGCGCAGGUGGGCGCAGGAUGGCAAAACAGAAGAGAAAAGUUCCUGAAGUGACAGAGAAAAAGAACAAAAAGCUGAAGAAGGCGUCAGCAGAGGGGCCACUGCUGGGCCCUGAGGCUGCACCAAGUGGCGAAGGAGCCGGCUCCAAGGGAGAAGCUGUGCUCAGGCCCGGGCUGGACGCAGAGCCAGAGCGGUCCCCAGAGGAGCAGAGGGUCCUGGAAAGGAAGCUGAAAAAGGAACGGAAGAAAGAGGAGAGGCAGCGUCUGCGGGAGGCAGGCCUUGUGGCCCAGCACCCGCCUGCCAGGCGCUCGGGGGCCGAACUGGCCCUGGACUACCUCUGCGGAUGGGCCCAAAAGCACAAGAACUGGAGGUUUCAGAAGACGAGGCAGACCUGGCUCCUGCUCCACAUGUAUGACAGUGACAAGGUUCCCGAUGAGCACUUCUCCACCCUGCUGGCCUACCUGGAGGGGCUGCAGGGCCGGGCCCGAGAACUGACGGUGCAGAAGGCGGAAGCCCUGAUGCGGGAGCUGGAUGAGGAGGGCUCUGAUCCCCCCCUGCCGGGGAGGGCCCAGCGCAUCCGACAGGUGCUGCAGCUGCUCUCCUAGUGGGUUCAGCGCGGGGCGGGGCCGCUGCCCAGUGCAGGGCUGCCUCAGACCACACAGGAUGCAGCUCCUCCGGCGGUGGGGGCCGGGAUCGCCAGUAGGGCAGCGGCUGAGCAAGGGCUUUCAGCUUCUCCGGUGGUGGGGGCCGGGAUCACCAGCACCAGAGCCUCGCAAGGGCCCCUUCCCUCCUUCAGACCCUCCUUGGCCGGUGACGGCUCUGACAGUGAUGGCAGGUUCAGUGCCUUCAGCGCAGAGCGUGGAUGCUCUGGAAUCACCCGGACCCCUGGCCUUGGAGGGACCCUCCAGCCCCAGGAAUCUGCUUUGGAGGGAAAUGUCUAUUUUUCUACCGGGAAUAUUUUAGAGAUUGGGGCACGCUGGCUCCUCCCGCCAGCUGCAAACCUGCACCUUCCGCCUGAUUCCCCAUCCCCCUGUGUGGGCCGCAUUCCUGGUCCCCUGCCUGCGUCCAUCGAGGGGCCUGGCUGUGGCCUGUUUUCCUUUGACCCCACACAGCGUCAUUGCGGGUCAUGGGGAGCCCCUGGUGGGAGCUUGUGGAGUCGGAUCACGUACCUGUGCAGAAACCGUCUCUGUGGCUGCAUUUGAAAUAAAACCCGACCCAGCAAA